CAAGAGGCCACUGCAGAUACGGUAGUUGCGGAGCACCCUGUGAAAGAUGGAAACCUACAUGUGAGGGUAAAUCAGAUGGAAUGCAAACUUGGACAUAUCUAGAAGGAUCCCCUUAUUACGUGAUAUGUCACCAAGAAAGAGUUAUCGAGAAAGGUCUUUGUCCCUCUGAUUUAAUUUGGGAGACAAGUUCUUUCCCAUAUAAUGGGAAAUGUACUCCUAAUUUCGAAAUACCUGAACGUUCAACGAGAUGUUCUGAACUUGGAGAUGGAAAAUACCAUUUCUCUAAGUUUUAUUACAAUACCUUAAAAUGUAGAGUAUAUUUUAAAUGUGUAAAUGGUACACGUACUGGAACGAAAUGUCCGAAUGACACAGUUUUUGAAGCAAAAAGUGGCGAAUGCAAGAAGGGGCAAGUUGGAUUGGGUAGACAAUGUGAAUUUUAUUGUGAUUCAAACAGCUACAAUGUUAAAAAUAAUAAGAGUCUUGUUUGAAAUGAAGGAAUGUCCAUAUCCUAACUUUUUUUCAGAGGAAACACAACAAUGUAUUAACAAAUAUAUUUCUUGUGGGAAAAGUAAUGAAGGAUCAGAUGAAUGUGCCUAUUUUGAGACGAACCGCAGCCCUCAUUAUUUCGAUAACAGCAUCUACCCAAGUGGCAUAAAUAAAUCAGAUGGGUUGCAUGAACAUUCAAUAAGAAAUCUUUCACCAUACUACAUGAUCUGUGAGAAACAACAUAACGUCUGUGAAGGAUAUUGUCCAUACGAUAGUUUUUGGAAAACAGUGACUUUUCCCUUCAACGGAAAAUGUACAUCUCCGUUCGAAAUUCCAAAACUUGAAUAUCCACAUGGUGAGCUACCUUCUUGUGAGGGGCAAUCAGACGGAAAUUAUCAAUUUACUAACCGGCAAUGCGAUGCUUAUUACAAAUGUGAAAACGGUACAGCAACUGGAAUAAAAUGUCCAGAAAAUACAGUUUAUGAUCAAAACAGCGGAAUGUGCAAAAAAUGGCAACUGUUCCAAUUGAUUUCGUUUACCAACAAAAUAUCGAUUCUGUUAUAAAUGCUGAAUUAGAAAGAUAUCAUUGAACAUAUGGAA